AUGACGUUGCCUGUACUUGGUGCUUCUGUAGUCCAAGCAGCAAUUGCACCGAGGCCUCUCCCGCCGCCUUCAGCUGCCGAGUCAAAAGCAACAUACGGCCAAUCGACAUUUCAGCAACUAAUUGAUCAUGAUAAUCCGAGCCUUGGCACGUUUUCUCAGCGAUACUGGUGGAGCUCGGCAUGGUGGGAUGGAGAAGGUGCACCGGUUGUUUUGUUUACCCCUGGAGAAGUAGCGGCCGAUCAGUACACAGGAUACCUGACCAACAGGACUAUCACUGGUCUUUAUGCCCAGGAAAUUAAGGGUGCAGUGGUGAUGAUUGAGCACCGAUACUGGGGAGGCUCAUCACCUUAUGAGGAGUUGACUGCGGAGAGCUUGCAGUAUCUAACUUUGGCGAAUUCGAUCUCGGAUCUUACAUACUUUGCGGAGAAUGUGAAGCUUCCCUUUGACAAUAGCAGCAGCAGUAAUGCUCAAAAUGCGCCAUGGGUUCUGAGUGGAGGAUCUUACAGUGGUGCUCUGUCAGCCUGGACCGAGUCCACCUCCCCAGGGACAUUUUGGGCGUACCAUGCAUCUAGCGCCCCUGUUGAGGCCAUUUUUGACUACUGGCAAUAUUUUGCACCUGUCCAAGAGGGAAUGCCCAAAAAUUGCAGCCGAGACAUCAGCAGGGUUGUGGACUACAUCGAUGGCAUCAAUAAACACGGAAAUGAGAAAAAGCUUCAGCAGCUAAAAGAAAUGUUUGGACUUGGUGAUAUCGAGCACUUCGAUGAUUUUGCUAGUGCGCUAGAGAGCGGACCCUGGUUAUGGCAGUCCAACGCUUUUUACACAGGCUACUCAGGCUUCUACGAAUUUUGCGACUACGUUGAGAAUGUUGAAGAUGGAACUGGCGUGAUCCCGGGAGCCGAGGGAGUUGGGGUUAAGAAAGCCCUCACAGGUUACGCGAAAUGGUUCAAGAAUAUUUACCUCCCAGGAUCAUGCGCCGGCUAUGGCUACUGGACUGAUGAAAUGACCACUGCGUGCUACAACACGUACAAUGCGUCCAGUCCUAUCUUCACAGAUACAUCGGUGAGCAAUGCUGUUGAUCGACAAUGGCAGUGGUUUCUGUGCAACGAGCCACUUUUCUAUUGGCAAGAGUAUGAUUUUCCCCGCGACCUAAUUGGGUACUAUCUUCUGACUUUGCUACUCAGCGGCGCGCCAUCUGAUGUUUCGUCUAUUGUUUCUCGCGCUGUUACAGGUGAAUAUUGGCAAAGGCAAUGCUCUCUCUUUUUCCCCGAAGUGAACGGGUUCACCUUUGCCAGUGCCAAGGGUAAAACCGCAGCUCAGGUUAACUCCUGGACCAAGGGUUGGUCUCUGACCGAUACAACUCGACUUAUUUGGGCCAAUGGGCAAUUCGACCCCUGGCGAUCGGCUGGCGUCUCCUCCUCUUUCCGGCCUGGAGGAGCCCUCGAGUCGCGACCCUCAGCACCCGUGAAUGUUAUUCCAGGUGGCUUCCACUGCUCUGAUCUCAUCAUAGCAAACGGCGAUGCAAAUGAAGGGGUCAUGAAGAUCAUUGAUGCUGAAGUCGCACAGAUCAAAACCUGGGUUGAGGAAUACUAUCAGAAAUGA